GUCCGUUUGUAGGCGGUCGGACACUUCUAACAGCAAUAUGGAGUGUAUUUCGGCAAACAAGUGUUGCCUAUAAAUGUUUAUGUAAAUACUUGUCAAUGUUUAAUGAUAGCAGUAUUUGCAAGGGCCCUCCAGAACCAUGGGAAAGCUACUGUCAAAAAUAUUUGGCAACAAGGAGAUGAGAAUUUUAAUGCUCGGUCUGGAUGCGGCUGGGAAAACGACAAUAUUGUACAAACUGAAGUUAGGGCAAUCAGUAACAACAAUUCCAACAGUGGGUUUUAAUGUGGAAACAGUGACCUAUAAAAAUGUUAAAUUUAAUGUGUGGGAUGUCGGGGGGCAAGAUAAAAUCAGACCGUUAUGGCGCCACUAUUACACAGGCACCCAAGGUUUAAUUUUCGUAGUAGACUGUGCAGAUCGUGAUCGUAUCGAUGAAGCUAGACAGGAACUUCAUCGCAUAAUUAAUGAUCGAGAAAUGCGUGAUGCGAUAAUACUCAUUUUUGCCAAUAAACAAGACCUGCCAGAAGCCAUGAAACCCCAUGAGAUACAAGAAAAACUGGGGCUGACCCGAAUAAGGGAUCGUAACUGGUACGUUCAACCAGCAUGUGCCACAACUGGUGAUGGUCUAUAUGAAGGCCUUACAUGGCUUACUAGCAAUCAUAAGUUAUAGCACCCUGGAACACACUAAUUUUAGUACAUGACUGCAACCCAGCGCUAUUGUAAUAAUAAUUUUAAGAGGUGAUUAUUUGGGAUGCAGGGCUGGAUCAUAACCUCAACAUUCCAAACUGCCAGUUCACAGUCCUAAAUUUAGCACUUUACCUAAAAGUAGUGUGUAUAGCGGCAGUGCAAGAUUGUCUCUAGUUAGCCAUCGAUGAAUGGUUGUGAAUUUGUGUAUCAGACCAGUGUUCUUGAAAAUUACCUCGUAACAUAUUUUGUAAAUAAAUUAAUUCGUAUUGUA